AUGUAUACUCGAGGAAGGUACCCUCCGGGGAUCGGGGACGGUCGUGGCGGCAACGGCAACUUUCGCUUAAACCCUAGCUUUCAUACUCGAGGUGCCCAGCAACCAUCGCAGAGACAGGUGCAGAAUCAGCAGCAACAGCAAUGGCUGAGGCGGAACGCGAUUGAGACUGACUUGGCUGUUAGUGAGGUCGAGAGAACGGUGCAGAGCGAAGCCACCGAUUCGAGCUCACACGAUUGGAAGGCUAGGUUAAAGAUGCCACCACCUGACACUCGUUAUAAGACUGAGGAUGUCACUGCUACCAAAGGAAAUGAGUUUGAAGACUAUUUCUUGAAACGGGAACUGCUCAUGGGAAUAUAUGAGAAGGGUUUUGAAAAGCCUUCUCCAAUUCAGGAAGAAAGUAUUCCUAUUGCUUUGACUGGAAGUGACAUUCUUGCUAGAGCUAAAAAUGGAACUGGGAAAACUGCGGCAUUUUGCAUUCCUGCUCUUGAAAAAGUCGAUAUUGGCAUCAAUGUAAUUCAAGUCAUUGUACUCGUCCCAACCAGAGAGUUAGCUCUUCAGACUUCCCAAGUCUGUAAGGAACUUGGUAAACACUUGAAUAUUCAAAUCAUGGUCAGCACAGGAGGAACAAGUCUGAGAGAUGAUAUCAUGCGUUUAUAUCAGCCGGUGCAUUUGUUGGUUGGUACUCCUGGUAGGAUACUUGAUCUUGCCAAAAAGGGGGUUUGCUCACUGAAAAAUUGCAUGAUGCUUGUUAUGGAUGAGGAGUUUGCUUCUCUUGUCUUUGUCUCACAGGCAGAUAAACUUCUCUCCCCAGAAUUUCAACCUUCAAUUCAGCAGCUGAUUCAAUUUCUUCCUCAGAAUAGGCAAAUUUUAAUGUUUUCAGCUACAUUUCCUGUUACUGUCAAAGAUUUCAAAGAUAGAUAUCUGCAGAAGCCCUACAUUAUAAAUCUCAUGGAUGAACUUACUCUAAAAGGCAUAACGCAAUAUUAUGCUUUUGUUGAAGAGAGGCAGAAGGUCCACUGCCUGAAUACACUUUUCUCUAAGCUGCAAAUUAACCAAUCAAUCAUUUUCUGCAACUCUGUGAAUCGGGUGGAGCUGCUGGCUAAGAAAAUUACGGAGUUGGGUUAUUCUUGCUUCUACAUUCAUGCUAAGAUGUUGCAAGAUCAUCGCAACAGAGUAUUUCAUGAUUUCCGUAAUGGAGCAUGCAGAAAUCUUGUUUGCACUGGUACUGUCAUGACACUCUUCUAUGCAAUCUGCUGCCAAAUUUUUGCUUUUGUGAAUUCGCAUGACUGUCGACAUGUCAUGGUGUCCAUAAACUGUGAUGUGCUUAAUAUGAAGAUGUCAGGGGAAAGAUGCAGCCCUGCUAAAGAUUUCAGAAAUCCAAUCCUUGUUGGACGAUCAGGAAGGUUUGGGCAUCUUGGUUUGGCUGUGAAUUUGAUCACUUAUGAAGACCGGUUCAACUUGUAUAGGAUUGAGCAAGAGCUUGGGACUGAAAUAAAGCCAAUUCCUCCCCAAAUAGAUCAAGCUAUUUACUGCCAGUGA